CAUUUUCAUAGAAUAAAGGCCAAAUAUGACUGUCCAACACCCCAUAUGUAAAAAUAACAAACAACAAGCUUUGAUAAUCUCUCCCUCUCCAAGGGGUCCUUUUUGAAAACUUCCAACAAAUCUUUGCCAGAAUUUCAAACUCUUUCCUUUUCAUCGUAAUUUUCAGACUUUAUCCUUUUCAGCCUUUUGGGUUGGAUUGAGUCAUUUUCUUUGAUGAGAUUAACCUUAAUUAAUUAACUCUAAUGUUUGUUUGAGUGAGGUUCUUAGCCUUAAUCUUGAAAAUUAAGGCAACAGCCGAGUGUUUGGAGCUCAAGAAUGGAUGCAGCACAUGUGGAGAAGGUGUAUGUGAUUCUUGGAAAUGAUUUACAAGAUGGAUUCAAGACUUUGGAUUGGACACUUGGGAAAUGGAAACUUAAUCAAAUCUCUAUAGUAAUUCUCCAUGUGACUUGCAACAUUUCCAAGGACUUUGUUUACACCCCAUUUGGCAAGCUCCCUGUAAGUUCUGUGAGUGAAGAGAAGCUGGAAGUUCUUAGAAAAUAUGAGCAAGAAAAGAUAGAGAAGCUACUCUUUAAGUACAUAGCUUUCUGUGGAAAGGUGAAGGCUGAAACCAUGGAAGUUGAAAAAUCUGAUGAACCAAUUCAUAAAGUCAUAGUAGAUUUGAUCUCAAAACACAAGAUAACCAAAUUGGUUAUGGGAUUAACAUUCAUGAAGUCUUCAUCAUGGAAAUCAAAGAACGCAAUCAGUGGAUCAUUCUACAUCCAUCAGCACAAACCGAAUUUCUGCGAAUUUUUCAUAAUCUGUGGAGGGAAGUUGGUAUUCCUCAGAGGAGAAAAUGAAGAAACAAUCAUGGAGGAUGAUCAAGGAAUCACUGCUGCAAAAAGGGGUAACAGAAAAACUUGGCUAGGAAAAAUGUUUACAGAAGGAAGAAAUUUUAGCCACAUAGAUGCCUCAUCAAAGGGCCUAGAAUCACAGAAUUCUCAGAAUCAGUGGGAAAAUUUUGUCUUAGAGAUUCAUAAUUAUUAUGAGCAGUUGUUGUCUUUGAAUAUGGAUGAAGAUAUUUGCGAGGAAGAGAAUGAAAUUUUACAGGCUGAUUCAUUGGAGGAAGAUGUGCUAGAUCCUACUGAUUCUACCAUGAGUAUGGCAGCAAAAAUGGAAUUCCUGAGAAGUAAAAUAGAAGAUGCCCAGAAAAUAAUCCAGUUGAAGAAGGAAGAGGCUAAGCUCAAUGAAGAAAGGUCUGCAAAAGCUGAAUGGGCUUUGAGUUUAUGCAAUGCCAGGGUGGAUAAGCUUGAAGCAAAGAUAAAAGAUGAGGUGACAAAUCGAAUAGAGAUCAAGAAAUCAUUGGACAAUGAGAAAGAACAAAUUCAAGAAACCAUGAGUGAUAUUGCAGAAAACAGAAGCAGGCUAAACUCGGUUCUUGAACUCAAAUCAGAGCUCUCCAACAAGCUCCAUUUAUCAACGUUAGCAAGAUCACAUGCAGAGGCUCAACUAGAGAAGGCAGUCCUUGCAAGAGCAGAAAUGGUGAGGGAGAUUGAAGAGCUAAGGCAACAGAGAGACGUUCUUCAACGUAGAAUUGAGUUUUGUAAAGAAAAAGAUGCAAUAGGAAUGGUGAGCAAGUAUAAUGAGAUAACUUGUGGCUAUAGGGAGUAUAGUUCAGAGGAUAUCAGAUUGGCAACAGAUGGAUUUUCAGAGAGUCUCAGAUUGAAAUCCGGCGGUGAUUGGACUAAUGUGUAUCGAGGUCGAAUUCAUAAUUUAGCUGUUGCAGUCAAAAUGUUCAAUCAUGAUGCUGGAUUUUCCAGGGAAGAUUUUCUAGCCAAGGUUAAGUACCUUAACAACAUCAGACAUCCUCAUUUGGUUGCCAUGGUGGGGUUCUGCGUAGAGCCAAAAUGCAUAAUUUUUGAAUACAUGCACAAUGGUAGCUUAAGGGAGAUCUUGUUUUCCUCUGAAAGAAACCAAAAAAGUAGAGACAGGACCCUCCGGUGGCAAGACCGAAUCCGAAUAGCCCACGAGGUUUGUUCAGGCCUGGCCUAUCUUCACUUGGCAAAGCCCAGACUCGUUAUUCAUGGUCACUUGACAACAUCCAACAUCCUCCUUGACCGCAAUCUAGUUGCGAAGCUAAGUGGGUUCGGGCUGAGCCGACGCUCCAACGAAAAUUACGAUAGGCACCACGAUAUUCGGGCUUUUGGAGUUGUGUUAGUGCAUCUUUUGACUGGGAGAAAUUGGGGUGGGCUAUUAGAAGAGGAAAUGAAAUGGGACAGGUCAGGCCUUGUUGGGGUUUUGGAUGAGAGGGCAGGACAGUGGCCGUUGGAUUUGGCUGAGGAAAUUGUUGGGAUAGCAAUGAAGUGCAUGCCCAGUGAUCUUAGGUGUAAUAAAGAUUUGAGUAUAGGAACUGUAAUGGAAGAGCUUGAUAGGGUAAGGAAAAAGGCUGAUGGGAUAGUUGCUAGAGAAGGAUGUGAGGGUUUUGUUAGAGGUGUUGACAAAGAAGAGUCCAGGGAAGUACCUGGCAUUUUCCUCUGCCCUAUAUUUCAGGACGUAAUGAAGAACCCACAUGUAGCAGCAGAUGGAUUUUCUUAUGAGUUAGAAGCAAUAGAGGAAUGGCUAAAGAUGGGACGUGAUACUUCACCAAUGACAAAUUUAAAGCUCAAGCACAAAUUCCUCACCCCUAAUCACACCCUUCGUUCUCUCAUCCAAGAAUGGCAUAGCAAGAAUUCCAAUAUCACCUCAUGAUGAUGAUGAUGAUGCAUUUAUUACUGUAGAUUACAAAAUCAAAAUAAUAAGAUUCAUAAUUCUUUGUUUCUUUUAAAAUAAUUUAUCCCCCUCACCUCUUUUGUUAAAAUAAAUUUCUGAUUUGUUUUGAAUUAUUCAUACAAGCUCAGGUUCAUUAUUAACUUCUUAUCUGAGAAUUGGA